UGCAAGCGAAAAUGGACUUUUUAGAAAGCCUAAUCAAGUUAGGAAUUUCUCCUGUUGAUGGUUUACAAGUUCUCACGUGCAUGUUUGCGGGGAUAGUUGCCGGCUCUAAUCUGUACGUGGUGGUAGUGGAAGCUCCAAGCCGAGUCAACCUGCCUUUGCAUUCUCACUGGGAACAAUGGGCAACCAGCUUCAAGAGGGGGGUGAAAUUUAUACCCGUACUAAUGUGGAGUAUGACCGCAACUUCCGGAGCUGUCUAUUAUCUCAGUCCGUCCUCGCCGGUCCGGAACUUGUGGUUAGUCCCAGUUGGCGCAUGCGUCUUGUUGUUCUUCUACACAGUUAUUGUCAUAGGUCCGGAGCAAAAAAUCUUACUAGAAAAUGACGUCAUCUCAAAGAAAGGCAUUGAUUGGGUCAAACAGGCGACUUCCCGAUGGAUCAGACGUCAUUACAUCCGGGUCGUGGUAAUCUUGAUCACGUUCGUGGUGACCCUCUACGCAGCCGUAAAGUCCUAAUAUUUUAUCAACAGGAGGUCUGAAUUUCCACAGAUAAAUUUCAAAAGUGGAAACCUAGAAUUUGUGCCUUUAUAAUCAUAUGCAAACUGAAUUUAUUAAUCUUAUACAAAUUAUGCUUGUUAUUUACUUGUAAUGCAUAUCAAACAUAUGUACUUUUUCUGAUAACUUCUAUUUACUGUACGUAUAUUACAUGUAUUACUUACAUUUGAUUGCAUAGUAUCAUGUUUCAAAAAUUACAUU